GGGGUGCGGCGUGGCCGACCGUGCGUGCUCCCUGCGGGGAGACGGGCUGCGGGGACGACGGGACGGCGCUGGCGGACCCCGGCGCCCCAUUCUCGGCCGCGGCCCUUCGAGGCUGCGGGGCAUCGCGGCUGGCGGCGGGCGGGUCGCGGGUCGAGUGCUUGUGAAACUGAACACAACAAAAGUAUGGAUAUGGGAAACGAACAUCCUUCUAUCACCAGGCUUCGUGAAAUCCAAAAGGAAGUAAAAAGUAUAGAACAGCAGGUAAUCGGCUUCAGUGGUCUGUCAGAUGACAAGAAUUACAAGAAACUGGAGAGGAUUCUAACAAAGCAACUCUUUGAAAUAGACUCUGUAGAUACUGAAGGAAAAGGAGAUAUUCAGCAGGCCAGGAAGAGGGCAGCACAAGAGACAGAGCGUCUUCUCAAAGAGCUGGAGCAGAAUGCAAACCACCCACACCGGAUUGAAAUACAGAACAUUUUUAAGGAAGCCCAGUCCCUUGUGAAAGAGAAGAUUGUGCCAUUUUAUAGUGGAGGCAACUGUGUAACAGAUGAAUUUGAAGAAGGCAUCCAGGAUAUCAUCCUGAGGCUGACACAUGUUAAAACUGGAGGGAAGAUCUCCUUGCGGAAAGCGAGGUAUCACACUUUAACCAAAAUCUGUGCAGUGCAAGAGAUCAUAGAAGACUGCAUGAAGAAGCAGCCUUCCCUGCCGCUCUCCGAGGACGUGCACCCUUCCGUGGCCAAAAUCAACUCUGUGAUGUGUGACGUGAACAAGGCCAGAGGCACUCUGAUUGCACUACUGAUGGGAGUGAACAGCGAUGAGACUUGCAGGCACUUGUCUUGUGUGCUCUCAGGCUUGAUUGCCGAUCUGGAUGCUUUAGAUGUGUGCGGGCGUACAGAAAUCAGAAAUUAUCGAAGGGAGGUAGUAGAAGAUAUCAACAAGUUAUUGAAAUAUUUGGAUUUAGAAGAGGAAGCAGACACGACUUACGCGUUUGACCUGGGACAGAAUCAUUCCAUUUUAAAAAUAGAAAAGGUCCUCAAGAGAAUGAGAGAAAUAAAAAAUGAACUUCUCCAAGCGCAAAAUCCUCCUGAAUUGUACCUGAGCUCCAAAACAGAAUUGCAGGGUUUGAUUGGACAGUUGGAUGAGGUAAGUCUUGAAAAAAAUCCCUGCAUCCGGGAAGCCAGGAGGAGAGCAGUGAUUGAAGUGCAAACCCUGAUAACUUAUAUUGACUUGAAGGAAGCCCUUGAGAAAAGAAAGUUGUUUGCUUGUGAGGAGCACCCAUCACAUAAAGCAGUCUGGGAUGUCCUUGGAAACUUGUCAGAGAUUCAAGGAGAAGUUCUUUCAUUUGGUGGAAAUCGAACUGAUAAGAACUACAUCCGGCUGGAAGAGUUGCUCACCAAGCAGUUGCUGGCGCUGGAUGCGGUUGAUCCGCAGGGAGAAGAGAAGUGUAAGGCUGCCAGGAAACAGGCAGUGAAGCUUGCCCAAAAUAUUCUCAGCUAUCUCGACUUGAAAUCCGAUGAAUGGGAGUACUAAAGUUCCAGAGCUCUCACGUUUGAUACUGCUUGUUUUGCACUUUAUAUAUACUUCUAUGUGUUUAUAGAGAGCUUUCAGUUCAUUGAGCCUAAUGUGAUUUAUACAUGCAUAUUUCAAUCUCAGUAUUUAUGAUUUAAGCAAAUUAUAUUCCAGUAUGUUUGCUGCUUUUGAUGUUGCAAAACAAAUAUCAUUACAGCACAUUUACUUUUCCAUUUGGAUCAUCUGUAUGAUGUGGUGUGGUUUGUUUGGUUUGUCCUUUUUGGUAUUUGGUUUUAUAUUUUUAAUCAGAAAUUAAAUAGAAGCAGCUUUUGUAAUUAAAUUUUAAAUUGGUUGUGCAAGCAUUAAAAUGCAGAUAUUUCAGAAACUAGAAAUAGACGUAACCUUACGUAAUGCUAGAAAAAUUAUGAGAAAGGGGAACCUUUUGGGUUAAAAAGGAGUAAGGUCCAAGCACAGAAUACAAUGAUGUGCUUUAUUAUGCUAGAUAAAGCAGAAGAAUUUUUUUUCACUUCUAAAGCCUAACUGGUCCACCCAGUUUAACGGGGUGGAGUUCUUUUGUUUGUUUGUUCGGAUGGUCUGUUCUUUCGUAAACAUUUUUUGUUUGAGAAACAGUGUCUGUAUUUUCCCCCCAUGCUCUGCAUUUUAGAGGGGGGAAUCUUUUUUAUGUGUGCAACAUAAGAAAAUUAUGAAAACGAAUAGCCAAAAAACCUUUGAGACUGCAUUGAAGAAGGGAUAAAACACCAGCUAUUAAAUACCCUCAAGUUGUUCUUGUUUGUAAAAUUUGGACUUACAGUUUUUCUUAGUAAUUAGUAAGGAUGACAACAUUUAAAUGAAAUUAAUGGACCUUAAAAAAAGAAAAAUGGCAAUACCUAUACCUGUAGUUGGAAAAUGGACACUGGAGAUUAGUUACCAAUGUCAGGUUACACUAAAACUGUGGGGCAUGCAAUGGUUUUCUUCUUUUGUUCAAAGCUGUACAAUGGACAGACUUGUUAAACAUACUCGAUGCUGUUUUACAACAUGUGAGAGCAAAAACUGUUGGUAAUCCUGAGGAAGGAACCAGGUCGUCAUAGCUUGUCAGAGGAAGGUAGCUCUCAGCUACUAGCAUCUUAAAUUUCACCUGCUCUGAGACUAAUUAGUGAAACCUGCCCUCAAUUAAAGGUUUGCUCUGGAUACCUGCUGAACUCCUUAGUUCAUGUUAAUUAAAGUCUCAUGCAUGCAGUUUUUUUCUUCUGCUAAUGGUAUAUAUAUUUCUGUAAAUACUUUCUGAGGAUCCAAUUUGAGGAUUGCCUAUUAAUGUAAACAAGAGUUUCCCAAAAUUCUGAAGGGCCUUGAUGACAUGUUGGUCCCGGUAGUAUAACAGACUGUUUUUUCUGUAGUUACAUUUCACAAAAUAAUCCUAUUAGAGUACAUCUUUUGAAGUCUGUGGUAAUCUGCUAUUUCAGAGAUAAUAAUUUUGUAACGUUGUGCAGGGAAAUUGUCACUUUAAACAACUAAAAGUAUGAUUGAUAAAGGAAAAGCCUUAAAUACCUGAAAGGUGAUAAAAGCAUAGCCCUAAACAAAUCCUCACUUUGUCUCUCAAUGUUGCCCAAUCAUUGAAAGCCCUUGAUAUAACUUUCCUACUAGAAAUGUUCUAGAAACAUUGGAUAUGGGGUCAGAGGGCAGCUGGGGCCUUUGGGCAGUAGGAGGUCCAGCUCCUGGCAACUGUGGGCCCUCAGUGCAGGUCACUGGAAUUCUUAUUUCGGCCACAGUAGUUUCAGGAUUGCUUUUCUGUAUAGUAAUUUUAGAGUGCUCUUAAAAUCUUGAAGAAGGGUUUUUAAAUUAGAGCCCUAUUUUAAUUAUACCACUGGUAAAUCACUGCAGACAUCUACCAGUUUCUAGUACUUAAUUUUUAAUUUCAUUUUUGAAAGUUAAAUGUCAGCAUUUCCUUUAAAAGUAUCCAUUAUUCUUUGAAAGCAGAUUUCCCCAUCGUUCUUUUCAGUGUUUUCUAGAACUUCUGUGGCACCAUCUCAGGCUGCUGAGCAUUGAGCAUCGUGUGCUAGUACAGGAUACUGAGCUCUUCGAGUCAUUUGGAACUUUUCACGUGGUUAUUGAAAUGAUCAAAUUGGUCUUGUGUGACUGUUAAGCAUGACUCUGUUUCCUAUUUUCAAUCUAUUCUAGUUCCCUAUACUGGAUUAUUCUACUCCCAUAAGGAGCCCUAGUGACACCAAAUUUAGCUUUCCUUGUUCCCUUGCUGGGAGCUGAUUGUGUUAAUAUGGGCUGCUGCAUGUAAUUGUUUAAGCUGGAUUCAUCAUAUUGUGUAUUGUAUUUUUAUGAUUUUAUGUGAAGAGAACCUGUACUGCAAGUAAAACCUACUCCCAAAAAGUGUGUGGCCUUGGGUCUGCAUUAAACUGUGUAAUCCAUGUUCAUGCAAAACAUGGGUGGGAAUGUUUGCCUUCUUUACCUUGCAUUCAGUCAGCAUUAUUUUCAGAUCCUUUUUUAUCCAGGUAGGUUAAAGUCAAUCAACCUAUUA